AUGGCUGACCACGCUCCCUUGAGAGUGCGUGCCGUGCCGCUCCGGCGCAAUGAGUCAUACUUCUUGAGGCAGGUGGCAAUCGACAGGCCGGGAGGCACCGUUCAGCUCGACGACCUGAGGGCCCUCAGACACGAGUUAGAUGAGCACCUUCGCAUGCAGCUGUACUUCACGGUCAAGAUGAAGUUCCAGCUUGAAGCUAUUUUGCCAGAUGCUGAUCUGGACGCUGAUGGGAACGUGGUGGCCCUCGAAUCGCGUGAGAGCUACUUGCUGUCACCUGCUCCUUGGGUGGUCGCACCGGAUGCUGACAUCGAGAGGCGGCUCACCAGCAUCGUGGAGACUGCGCGGGAGAAGGUGGAGCAACACAUGGAGGCUGCAGCCCUGCGUGGGAGUGGUGAUCUCAUCGGAGGGAUCCGUCAGGUCUACAUCCUCGUCUCUCCCGGCGCCGAGAUGGCUCGCCUUCCUCCUGCGCCUGCUGUGGGGAACCAGCCUGUUGGCACCUUUGUGAGGCUUCCUCCGGAGUUGGAGCGCAAGAAGUGCUUUUGGAAUCCACAGACCACAGACCACAGCUGCUUCGCGUGGUGCAUUAGGGCGGCCUUGCUUGGUGUGGAGAAUCUUGACCGCGUAAAGCGACGGUGCCUGGCCCGUCUUACCGACUCCAUGCUCUUCCAGGAAGGGUACGCGCCGGUCCAUGGGCAACACAAAAAGCAUCGAGCCGAGGUGGUACCGUGCAACUUCGGGUUCGACUUCUCCUGCUUGCCAGCUGGGGAUAGGGGAGUGACCUGGAGCGACGUAGAGGAGUUCGAGCGCAUCAAUGGGUACCGUCUUCGUAUCUUCGUGUGGGAGUGGCGUAAGGUGGAGUGGCGACAGCAGACCGUCUACGAGACCGUCUUUGAGAGGGUGAUUGUCAGGGAGCCCAAGCUGAUGAACCAUCCCUUCGAGAAGGAGAUCCAUCUCCUUCGUCAUGAGAAUCACUUCUUCUACAUCUGGAACUUCAAUGCCUUCAUGAGCAACCAAGGCACACGCUUGCAGGGCACGCAGCGGACUCACCACCACACCCUGCAUGUGUGCCCCUGCUGCCGAGCAGGGUUCCAAAAAGAAGAGAACCUGGAGCUUCACCGCCAGACACCUUGCAAUUUCGACCCCUCCAAGCGGGGGUCGACGCUGAGGAUGCCGAAGACGCUGGAGGACGGGAGUUUCGAGGAGGUGGUGUUCUACAAUCCUGGUGCCUCCGCAGAGCUCGCUCCCUUGGUGAUGUACGCCGACCUCGAGGUUGAGUCACAGCCGGCGCCUACAGAGCAAGUUGCCCGGCACACAGUCUGCCUGCAGGAGAAUGUGCUCUCAGCUGCCUAUGCGGCGGUGGGACGUAACGGUUACGUGCCGAAGAAGCGAGCGUUUCUGACGACCCGGCGGGAGGUUGGAGAGCACCGUUUCGCAGCUGUGGAGCGCAUGCUGACGGAGAUGCGACGAGAGGGGGAGCGAUACUUGCUGUGGAAGAAGCGCACAAACGUUCCACCCCGUCUUACUGCGGAGGAACAGCGGACCUUCGACGAGGCUGAUCACUGCUCCACGUGCAAGAUCAAGUUUGAGAUUGACCAUGAGCAGCGACAGAAAGUGUGUCAUCAUGAACAUGGUACGGGCCGCUUCCUAGCGGCGAUAUGCAAGCGUUGCAAUGGGAAGAUAGUGCAACCAAGAACGAUUCCGGUGAUGCUGCAUAACGGCGGGUGUUACGACUUUCGUUUCAUCCUGCGGUGCUUGGCGUGGAUGCGACGGAGAAGCCAAGACGAAGCGAAAGCGAACUUGCAGAACCUUGAGCAGCUCGCCGACGAUGACCUCUACGACUACCUCGAGAGCUUCAGUGAUGACGAGUCCGAGGACGAGGAUGCUAUUCCGAUGGAGCAGGUGGAGGAGGCGAUGGUGGACAAACCGUGGCACAAGCUCAAACUGUCAGUGUUGUUCAAGACCGGAGAGAAGAUGCUAUCCUUCCGCAUCGGGUGCCUUUGCUUUAUCGACACUAUGAACUUCUACAAGGCCAGUUUGGGUUCUCUGAUGGACGAUCUGAAAAAGACGAACCCAGACAACCCUUCCCAAGUCUUUCGUCUGAUGAGUGAGAUUCAUCCAGAGCUUCAGGAGGCUGCCUUGACAGAAGAGCGGUGUCGUAGGUUGCAUCGGUACUUCGCGCCGGAGCGGAGCUUCGAGGAGAUCGACAAGGAGCAGUUCUCGAGAUGGACCUGGGAGCUUUUGCUUCGGAAACUCCCUAUGCCAUUUGAGUGGAUGAACGGACCGGAAAUCUGGCAGCUCCCACCCGUGUGGCACAUUGAUGCUUACAGGUCGUCAUUGAACGGUGACUCGGAGGAGGACCUUCGCAACAAGCACCGCCUGCUCCGCGAGACGUGCGAAGUCUUGGGGUUCGAGGACUUCAGACGCGUUCACAACACCUACCUCUUUAUGGAUCUGUCCCUUGCGGACGUCAUAGAGACGUUCCGAACGGUGUUCCACGCGCGCUUCGGUCUUGACCCAGCGCAGUUCGUCUCGCUCCCUUCGGCGGCCUACGAGGCCAUGCUUCGUGGCUGCCUGACGUGCAAGCGCGUGCGACGAGUGACCAGCCCUGCCAUCUACGAGUGCCUGCGCGAUGUCAUGAUGGGCGGGCUCUCGGCCAUCUUCACCCCUCAUCGUCGUGCAAACUCCCCGGAGUUGGGUGAUCACUACGACCCCGAGAGGCCACAUAGUUACCUGUUGACCCUGGACGUCUCCUCGAUGUACCCGGCAAUCAUGUGCGAACCCAUGCCGGUUGAUGGGGGCAUGUUUGUGCACUUGCCUGACAGCAGGCUGGAACGUAUCAAGUGGGCAUACAAGACCUUGAGCGGAAUCGACUACAUGGGAAGCAAGGAGAAGGAGAGCUUCCUCUUUGUCGUUGAUUAUUCCUUCCCGUUGGAGAAGCAUGAUCAAAUCGACUGGCCUCCACCAUGCCGCAUGACUGUUUCAAAAGACCAGCUUUCCUCAUUCACCCACGAGCUCAUGGCGAAGAACGGGCUACAGUGCAGCAAGGUUCCAAAAUUAGUCCCCUUCUUAGGGGCCCACAAGGAAGAAGGGGUGGAUGGAAAACGUUUGGCCUUUCUUGUGUCCGUCUUGGGUGCCCGACUCGACAAGGUCCAUCGCGUCAUCAAAUUCAGAUGCGAACCUUUUCUCGCCAGUUGGAUCAAGAGCUGUUAUAGUGAUCGCUUGGAGCUGAAACGACAGGGUCGAGGGGUCGAGGCCGAAAUGCUCAAAUUGGUCAUGAAUUCCAUGUAUGGGAAGCUGGUGCAGCGUUGCGAGCAGUGCCGCUGCAGCAAGGUCUUCACCGACGGGGCCAAGUUUGUUCGCGCUGCCAACGGCCACCGCAUGUGCGACUUGGACUGGUUCGGGGAGGAUGAAGACUUCAUGGGCGUGGUGCAGGACCUUGGCAGGGUCGUCGUCCAGAAGAGCUUGGUUCAGACUGGGCAUCGGGUUUUGGAACUCUCCAGACUCAUGAUGAUGAAGUACCAUUAUCUCGGAGUCAAGAAGCUGUUCCCACAGGCACUGCCCAUGUCGACUGACACCGACUCUGCCGCGUACUACAUCGAGUGCGCUGAGGAUCCUAUGCAUGCCAUGGCUGCUGCUAACGAGACAGGUGGCUUCCCCUGCUACUUCGACUUGGCCAAGGACCUGGUGGGGAAGAAGGACGCAGCCGUGUCGUUGCAGCACCUGACGCCACGGCAACAGGAAAUCGCCUUCGCCAGGGCUGGUGAGCUCGGGGGCUUUGGGAUGGAAUAUCUGCCGGUCAGGAUCGUUGAGCAGGUCGGUCUUCGCGCCAAGUUGUACUCGAUCCUGUUCUCGGAUCCGCUCAAGGGAAAGCGGAGCAAGCAGCGGGCCAAAGGUGUGAUGAAAAGGGUCAUGCCCGGGCACGAGGACUACGUGGAAUGCAUGAACACCGGCUACGAAAGCUCUGUGGAGUUCACUCAGAUGGUCUCCCAUCACUUCCACAUGGCAGUGGAGCGGCGGCGGAAGAAAGCUCUUUCCCCCUUCAACGACAAGGUCUACCAACUGGACUCCGAAAGUGCUCGUCCCUUAGGACAUUGGCGUAACAGUCAAUGCCUCACUGCCUUAGUUCAUGCCUUGGAUCCUGCUGGGAAGCCGUUCCAGCUCAUUAUGUUGUAUUUGCAAGGUCGGGCAGACUUUGAGCCCGUGCAUGCGUAG